AAAAGAAAAAGAAAAGAAAAGAAAUACGACUGUCCCGUUCCAACUCGAAAGGAGGCCACGCAUUGGAUGGCUGGAUCAUAUCUAGCAGAGAUCGGGCGGUUCUCCGUCCAUGAUGAGAUCCAUCGGACCAACCGUCUAGGCAAGCAAACCGUUGGCCCCACAGCAAACAAGAGGCGUUCCCUGUCCCGAUUCAAUGUACUCGGCAGGCCUCUUCAUGUCCAGCUUCAAAACCACAGGCAAAUCCAGGCAACCUGCAAAAAUCUAGGGCACGAAAGUGAAAAAAUGACUACGGCAGCACAAGGGUUCAUAGAGAUCCGAUUGCCAGAGCAGAAAUCAGGGAGCGGAUAUGGUCUGUUUCCCACCGUCCUCUCUCCAAACCCAUCUUUCGUUACCAAUCUCUCUCGAUUCACAGACUCCGUAAAGAAGGAGAAGCCAUGGCUGGAAGAUGUGCUGCUCUCGAGCGGAGCUAUCCUCCUGAGGGAUUUUCCCGUCCAAACCGCUUCUGAUUUCAAUGCGGUAGUCGAAGCCUUCGGGUACGAGGAGCUGCCCUACGUGGGAGGAGCCGCUCCUCGGACCAAUGUCGUCGGUAGGGUUUUCACCGCUAACGAGUCACCGCCCGAGCAGAAGAUUCCGUUCCACCACGAAAUGGCUCAGGUUCCUGAAUACCCAGCCAAAUUGUUCUUCUUUUGCGAAGAGGAGCCUGGAAGAGGGGGUGAAACUCCUAUAGUUCUCAGCCAUCUCAUUUAUGAAAGGAUGAAGGAAAGGUUCCCAGAGUUUGUGGAAAAACUUGAGGAGCAUGGUUUGAUUUAUACACGGGUUUUAGGGGCGGAAGACGACCCUUCUUCUCCUAUUGGCCGUGGGUGGCAGUCAACGUUCUUAACCAAAGACAAAAGAACAGCCGAGGAAAGGGCUGCUCGACUGGGUACGAAACUGGAAUGGGUGGACGAUGGGGUGAAAACAGUUAUGGGCCCAAUUCCAGCUAUUAAAUAUGAGAAAACAAGGGGGCACAAGAUAUGGUUCAAUAGCAUGGUGGCUGCUUAUACUGGCUGGAAGGAUAACCGCAAUGAUCCUGUUAAGGCAGUUACCUAUGGGGAUGGGACGCCAUUGCCAGCUGAUACUGUGUACGAUUGCCUGAAAAUCCUAGAAGAGGAAAGUGUUGCUAUUCCUUGGAAGAAGGGUGACAUCCUAUUGCUUGACAAUUUGGCUGUUCUUCACUCUCGGCGAUCAUUUGAUCCUCCUCGCCGCAUAUUGGCUUCACUCUGCAAAUAGUGGUGUGCUCUAUUCUCCGAUGUUUUACAGAUAAGCUCCUGCUUAUAAGAUUAUCUUCUCCUAUACAGAGAAAAAUGUCACUUGCCACGGUGUACAUGGAUGCACCCGUAUAUAUAUCUCCACUGGCUAGGCUUGAAGCCAUCAUCUGAAGAUGGCAUUGAUGCUAUAUUUGUAAGCUAAGCAGCUUGGGCACGAUGGAUAUCCUUGGGACGGCAGCCUGUUCAAUAUAUUACAUGAUUUGAAACUUUUUGUUGCUUAAUUUGUAAGACAUGAUAAUGUAAAUACUGCACAAAUUAGUGCACCUUACGAUAUUUAGAA